AGAGAGACUCCACCAAAAGCAUCUUUCUACUAAAGCUUGGUGAGGCUGAGUUUCCCGGCGAAGAAGAAACGCACAGGUUUGUUCUCUAAUCUCUUCUCCUCCUCGUCCUCUCUUUCUCUUAGUUUUCUGAUUCGUAUUCUUGUGAUCUUCUGUCUUCUUUGAAAAAACAAAGAGAACCAACUGGUUUUGAAAACUCUGUCAGUUCUUUUUUUUGUUUUAAAGAGACCAGAAGAUUUGGUAAAUAGAUCUAGGCUGUUUUUAAAAUUUUCUUUUUGCUUUCCAUUUCUAGUGGGUUUCAAGGAGGGUUUAUAUUUUUUCAUAACCCUCAAGUAAUUUUUUUUAGACGUUGUAGAUCUAAAAAGGCCACUUUUUUAGUGCCUUUGUUUAAUUUUAUUCUUGUUCUUGUUAGAUCAAGAUUUUUCUAUUUUUAUUCCUUUAGUUUCUCUUCUUCCCUGUUUUUUUGCCAUGGCUGCAGCUAUAGAUUUACAGAAUAGCUGGCCUUUUAACUCUUCCGAUUCUUCUGGUGAGGAGCUUAUGCAAGCACUUGAGCCUUUUAUCAAACGUGCUUCCUUCUCAUCUCCUUCUCCUCCUUCUCCCUGCUUGGCUUAUUCUCCUCCUCAAGCCCCGACCUUUUCUUCCUCUUCUUCCUCCACUUUUUACCCUUCUUUCUCUUCUUCUUCCACCUUAUUCCAAAAUUCCAUUUUGGAUUGCCCAUCUUCAUCGAUCGGGCUCACUCACCUGAACCCUGACCAAAUCCAGCAAAUCCAAGCCCAAUUCCAUCUCCAGCAGCAGAAUCAGAUGCAGAAUCAUAUCCUGCUUGAUAACGUCCAGGGCUUGCCACCUACCCUGCCUCAGCGACAGAGCUUCCUCAGUCCCCGUCCUGCCCCCAUGAAGCACACCACCGCCACACCGCCAAAGCCAUUGAAGCUUUUCCGCGGUGUGCGGCAGCGUCAUUGGGGCAAGUGGGUGGCUGAGAUCCGGCUUCCCCGCAACCGCACUCGUCUAUGGCUCGGGACCUUCGACACCGCAGAGGAGGCAGCUAUGGCCUAUGACAAAGCUGCUUACCGUCUCCGUGGUGACUCGGCCAGGCUUAACUUCCCUAAUCUCCGGCAGAACGGUUCCCACCUGGGCACUCCUCUCCACGCCUCCAUAGACGCAAAGCUGCAGGUUAUCUGCGAGGAGCUUGCCAAAGCUCCUGCCAAGCAGGCGAGUGGCGCUGUAUUGAAACGAAUUUCACUGCAAAAAUCUGAUGUUGAUGCCCCCCUGGCUGCCGAGAACAAAUCUGAAAGCUCCAUAGAAGAGACAGAGUUGUCCUUCUCAUCCUCUUCCACUUCAUCUCAGGCAUCAUCGCCUGUGUCGGAAAUGGAUCAGUUGGACUUCACUGAGGCGCCAUGGGAUGAAUCAGAGAACUUUGUGCUUAGAAAGUAUCCUUCUUGGGAGAUAGAUUGGGAUUCCAUCCUCUCUUGAAAAAGAACAAGAAUUUUGUGUCCUCUGGUUGUGUAUUUUGCCUGUUGCAAAUGGGGUUUUAGACAUUUGCAGGGCCGUAGGAUGUGUACUAAUCACCAGGCUAACAGCUUUGUUUACUAGGUGUUGAUUGUGUGUGCUAUUGUUCAUAUUUCUCCAGAUUUGCUGGUUAUUUUUUUGCUCAGCAGAAUCUGGGAGUGAUGGUUUAUGUUAUUGUGUAAUAUUAUCUGUGCAAUAACAAAUCUGUAAUCUUUUAGU